CGUGCUUUAACUCUGUGACCUCCUCUGUGUUUACAGGAAAGUCUAUGGCCAUUUAGGCACAGCACUGCUUUAGAAUGCUAACACGUUUAUAUUCAACAGUAAGUCAUGGAGCUGGAGCAUUUAGGAGGCGGUGGGGUUAAACCUGAGAGGGGCAACACUCGUCUCUACCGGAUAGCACUGGCCAUGUGUGUGUCUCUCUGUGCCAUUCUACUACUUGCACUCAUACUGGUCUCUCAGAAAUCCAGUCAGGAGGAGUUCUGUCUGACCCCAGAAUGCAUUGAAGCAGGGGGGUCUAUUUUGAGUAAAAUGGAUCGGUCCAUUAAUCCCUGCGAGGACUUCUAUACUUUUUCCUGUGGAGGCUGGCUGAAGGAGAACCCAAUCCCUGAGGAUUCAUCCUCAUACGGCAUCUACCCCUGGCUGCGGCAGCAUGUCGACAUCCGGCUCAAAGAGUUACUGGAAGCUCCAUCACACCCUGAUGAACUGGAUGCAGUGACCAAAGCUAAGAUCCUCUACCGCUCCUGUAUGAAUGAGACUGUGCUGGAGAAGUUGGACAUUAAACCGAUGCUGAAAACACUUAAACAGCCAGAGUUCCGGUGGCCUGUUGUGGGGGAUGGGCUCGGCGGGGAGUAUCAGUGGUCGGCAAGUCAGUGGAGCCUCCUGAAGUCUCUGGCAGAGAUGAGGAACCAGCAUAGUAAGAGCGUCCUGAUUCGCCUGUACGUCUCCCCUGAUGACAAAAACUCCUCACACUACAUCAUCAAGCUCGAUCAGGCGUCCUUGUCUCUUCCCUCCAGGGAAGACUACACCACCAACACUUCCUCUGCCCAGGCGUACCGUGCAGCCUUGCUCAGUUUGAUGGUGGAUAUAGCCGUUAUGCUGGGCGCUCCAGAGAAAACAGCACUGACCCAGAUGGAAAAGGCUCUUGCCUUCGAGACCAAACUGGCUCAUAUCCUGAUUCCCUAUGAAAACCGCACCAGUGACAACAUGUACAACAGAUACACAAUCUCUCACCUGCAGCGCUCCAUACCACAGUUUGACUGGCUGGGUUUUGUAAAAGCUGUGGUGGAGUCUAAAAGCGACCCGGCUCGAUCCAUCUCCUCCUCUGAGCCCGUCAUCGUCCGAGCCCCGCAGUACUUCAAGGAACUUUUCAAGCUCAUUAACACCACAGAUCCCAGGACUGUAGCAAACUACGUACAGUGGAGGACUGUUUUUUCCAGGAUCACCACUCUGAGUCGUCGUUUCCUCUACAGAUACCUCGACUAUGCUCGGGUAACCACAGGAACCACCUCUCUAACCCCGCGCUGGGAUAAGUGUGUGAACUACGUUGAGAACUCACUUGUUUAUGCCACCGGGCGCCUUUUUGUCAACACACACUUCCAGGAGGACAAGAAACACAUGAUGGAGGAGCUGAUCGAGGGCAUUCGCUGGGCUUUCAUUGACAUGCUGGAGAAAGAGAACGACUGGAUGGAUCAACCAACGAAGAAGAAAGCCAUAGAAAAGGCUCAUGCAGUCCUGGCGAAGGUUGGCUACCCCGAGUUUAUUCUGAAUGACACCUACCUCAGUGAAGAUCUAAAGGAGCUAAAGUUCGACGAGACGGACUACUACAGUAAUGUGAUGCAGACGCUGAAGUUCAUUGCCCAAUCUGACAUCGCCUGGCUUCGAAAGAUGGUGCCACGUACGGAGUGGUUUACAAACCCAACAACUGUGAAUGCCUUCUACAGUUCUUCCACAAAUCAAAUCAGAUUUCCUGCUGGAGAGCUUCAAAAACCCUUCUUCUGGGGAAGAGAGUAUCCAAGAUCUUUAAGUUAUGGUGCCAUCGGGGUGAUAGUUGGACAUGAAUUAACACACGGCUUUGACAAUAAUGGUCGCAAGUACGACAAAAACGGAAACCUUGAACAGUGGUGGAGCAACUCAUCUGUGACAGCCUUCAAUGAGAAGACCCAGUGUAUGAUAGACCAGUAUAAUAGCUACCACUGGGAGGAGGCAGGCCUAAAUGUGCGGGGUAAGAGAACUUUGGCAGAAAACAUAGCAGACAAUGGAGGAAUAAGAGAAGCGUUCAGGGCAUACAGGCGGUGGGUAGAUGAGAGCAGAGGUGGUGUGGAGGAGCCUCUGCUGCCUGGUAUCGGACUGAACAACAACCAACUGUUCUUCCUGAGCUAUGCACAUGUGAGAUGUAAUUCAUACAGACCAGAAGCAGCCAGGGACCAGAUCCAAAGUGGAGCCCAUAGUCCACCAAAAUACAGAGUUAUCGGAGCAAUGAGUAACUAUGAAGAGUUUCGGAAAGCGUUCAGCUGUCCUGAGUCGUCAGUUAUGAACCGAGGAGAACAUUCCUGUCGGGUGUGGUGACCUAUGACCUCAGUCUGCCCUGAACCUGGCCAGAGCUGUCAGUAGGGCACCUGUUGAAAAAGGUUGAUAAUGCUGUAUUUAGCCAACAUAGUUUACAUGAUGUGAGAGCAGUGAAAAAAUGAGGAAGAGUCGCUCUCAUAGAAAAAAUAUGAAACCUAACUGAUAGACAUGUUAGAGAUUUUUAAUUGGAUAUAGUAGAUUGUUACUACAACAAAUUUGAUUUUUUCCGCCCACAGGUACACUUACUGCAUAUGUCACAAUGUCUGCAUAAAUUAUGACUGAGGCCAAAGUAUUUUUUUCCAGGCUGUUUUUGUAAAAACUGCUCCUUUUUACAAGAACGGAUGUACAGUAUAUACUCUAUAAGUGUGACUAGAUAAAGCUGGAGCCGAUAUAUAAAGAAUUUAUUCAGGAAAUUAAUAGUACAAUGACUAGAACUAUAUAUUUUUUAAAGGAACAUAUAUUCCAGAUGUUACAGUAACUGUGGGAAGCAUAAAUACUAUCAGGUUAAUAUCUGCAUAUUCAUUAACAGCCUUGUCGAUUAAUUCCCAGCAUCCCGAACCAAAGAUUAAUCAUGUUUGAGCAUAAAUAUUAGCAAAAAAUGCAAAUAUACAUAUAUAAUGUGUGUGUGUGUGUGUGUGUGUGUAUAUAUAAAUAUAUAUACACACGCACACAUAUGUAAUGUUACAUAUUUUUUCUUAUUUUACUUCAGCUAAUUAUGAAAGCCUGUGUUGUAAUUAUGUACAUGCAAAGCAGUUCAACAAGUAAUGAUAUCUACCUGGUGGUAUACUUUUAAAACUUAAAAUGAGGUUAAGCUACCUAAGGUGUUUUGUAUUUCGUGUGUGUAUUUGUGUGUGUGCGGGCUCUCCUUUGAUAAGUUUCGGCCCCCUGUUUCAAUCUUAUUCUUGUGUCAGACAUUUAUAUUCAUUCUGCCGCAGUACAGCCCGAGGCAUACGAACUCACAAAAUUACAAGCACUCAAACUACAAGAUGCUCUCUCUCCAUUUGUCUUUCUGUCUCUGCACUGCAGAGGUGCACUCACACAUCAGUUUCCUGUAGUUUUUGAUGUCUGCUCUGGAAUAUCGGGAGUAUUUUGCAAAGCAGAUUAAACAACUUAGAAAAUGACAACAAUACAUGGUAGGAAUAUUGUUUAUUCCUAAAUCCAAUGUUCAGGUUUUACAUAUUUAAAUGAUUGUUGCCAUUGUGUUUUCCACAUUUACUUCGCUAACCUUUUUAAUUCUGCUCUUUGAAGCUCACUAGCUCAGUCUUCAUUCAAACCAAAACCUCUUAUGUCUCAGUUUGUCUUGAGCGCUACUGAACUAUUAUGCUACAGAAAAUUAAAACUUAAACUAGUUUUAAUGUGUUUACUAAGCGAAGAUAUAUGCAUCUCUUAAUUAGAAUGGGUUGCACCGAACAAACUAGUUCUUAUGUGAGGAUUAGUUGUUACUAAAUAUUUACAGUCUGUAACUGGGUGGUCACUGUUACCUAGCUAACAGAAAUAGCUAGCUUAACUGACAAAAUUAACGUUAGCUUUCUCACGUAGAGCCUGCUUCAUGCUCUUUUGUAAGGAUGUUAACUUUUAAAUUACAUUUCACAGAAAUAACACAAUAUACCUCAGAUUACAAAACAUAACACCGGUAACAUUAGCCUGUUUGGCCAAGAAGACCUGUUUAAGAUUACUGGUGAUUAAUUUUUGUCCAUCUACAAAUCAAUUGAUCAACUAAUUGUUUCAGCCCUGCAAAGUAACAUCACUCCGAUUACCCUAUCCUGUAACGUUUCUUAGUACAUUUUACUUCCUUUAUUUACAUUUUAUUAUUUGGAUUUUUUUUUUUUUUUUUUUUUUUGAAUAUACCUUUUUUAACGUAAUGGGAGGAAUUCUAACUACCAUUGCUCUAGUACCUCUUUGUACCUGUAGGUUGGGACCGUGGUUCACUGUGU